CUGGUGCAGGUGAGAUGGAGCCGCUACAACCCGAGUUAACUAGAGCCAGAAGUGAAGGAAUUGUAUCAGAAACCUUUGGAGGAGCUGUCUGAGGAGGAAAAGGAAAAAAUGGAGCUUAAGGCUGUUAGACCCAUCAAAGCUGCUCCUCCCACUCUCUCCACCUCCGUGUUCAACGAUCCCAUGAUCAGUAAAUUCACCAAUAUGAUGAUGAAGGGUGGAAAUAAAGUGCUGGCCAGAAAUCUCAUGUCUCAGACUCUAGAGGCCAUUAAGAGGAAGCAGCUGGAGAAGUAUCACAAAGCUCCAGAAGAUGAGAAGGAGACAAUUGAAUGCAAUCCCUAUGUCAUUUUCCACCAAGCUCUGAAGAACUGCCAACCCAUCAUUGGGCUCAGCAACAUCACCAGAGGAGGCAAAACCUACCAGGUGCCUGUCCCGCUGAAGGACAACCGGAAGCGCUUCCUGGCCAUGAAGUGGUUAAUCACCGAGUGCAGGGAGAACAAGCACCGCAAGACUCUGAUGCCUGAGAAGCUUUCCCAGGAGCUGCUCUUGGCCUUCAACAACGAAGGGCCCAUCAUCAAGAGGAAGCACGUGCUGCACAAGAUGGCAGAGGCCAACAGGGCGUACGCACACUUCCGCUGGUGGUAGGGACUCCGCACGGGACUCGAUGCCCCCACGGCCUGGAGCCACCUGCCUGGGGGAGGCUGCUCAGAAGAGGGAAAGGUGGAGGAUCCCUUCCAGGCAGCUUGUGAUCUAA